GUUUAUAAACUUUUCAAUCCAGUUAUGCACUUGAAGAAAUGUUAUUUAAAACUUCCUUGUUUCGGCGACCAUCUUGAAUAUUGAAUAUGAGACUAUUUCGUGUGAACUAUUCGGGGUGUCAGAGGAAAUAAACAUUUUGUUAUAACAAUUUGUACAGAAGUGAAAUUGUUUCACCUGGAUAUUGACACCAGAGGUGUGGUCGAAAUAACAAAUAUAAACAUUGCCAUUCUGGCAGUUUUCGACACUCGGAUGACAGCUAUGAGAAGUGCACAUUAUUUUGCCUUGUUGGUGAUUUUUGUGUCACUUGUAAGGACGUGUUAUGGAAUUGGAGAAAAUUGCACUUUGGGGGACUGUUCUGGUCCUGGUGAGAUUUGUGUUGAGGACAACUGUGCAUGUGACUCCAGCACCCACUACCAAGCUCAAGGAGGAACACAAUGUUCAGCGAAGGGCACCUCCAUAGGUGGAGCAUGUACAGUGCCUGGUAUCGGUUCAGUUGGCUCCGCCUGUAGUGCCUCAAAUUCACAAUGUACAGGGUCCAGUGGUGAGGGUCAAGGAACUUGUUCUUGCUUGAGUGGAAAUUACCAGUCCGCCACAAACGUUUGCAGUCCAAUCGGCACCUCCAUAGGAGGAUCUUGUACAGUGCCUGCCAGCACCGGUUCAAGUGGCUCCCCCUGUAGUGCCUCAAACUCACAAUGUACAGGGUCCAAUAGCGACAGCUUUGGAAAGUGUUCUUGCUUGGAUCAAAAUUACCAGUCUGCCACAAACAUGUGCAGUCAAAUUGGCACCACCAUAGGAGGGUCCUGUACAAAACCUGGCACCGGCUCAAUUGGCUCCGCCUGUAGUGUCCAAAACUCACAAUGUACAGGGUCCAGUGGCGAGGGUCUUGGAAAGUGUUCUUGCUCGGAUCAAAAUUACCAGUCUGCCACAAACAUGUGCAGUCCAAUUGGCACCACCAUAGGAGGGUCCUGUACAAAACCUGGCACCGGCUCAAUUGGCUCCGCCUGUAGUGUCCAAAACUCACAAUGUACAGGGUCCAGUGGCAAGGGUCUUGGAAAGUGUUCUUGCUCGGAUCAAAAUUACCAGUCUGCCACAAACAUGUGCAGUCCAAUUGGCACCACCAUAGGAGGGUCCUGUACAAAACCUGGCACCGGCUCAAUUGGCUCCGCCUGUAGUGUCCAAAACUCACAAUGUACAGGGGCUAGUGCCGAGGGUCUUGGAACGUGUUCUUGCUCGGAUCAAAAUUACCAGUCUGCCACAAACAUGUGCAGUCUAAUUGGCACCACCAUAGGAGGGUCCUGUACAAAACCUGGCACCGGCUCAAUUGGCUCCGCCUGUAGUGUCCAAAACUCACAAUGUACAGGGUCCAGUGGCGAGGGUCUUGGAACGUGUUCUUGCUCGGAUCAAAAUUACCAGUCUGCCACAAACAUGUGCAGUCUAAUUGGCACCACCAUAGGAGGGUCCUGUACAAAACCUGGCACCGGCUCAAUUGGCUCUGCCUGUAGUGUCCAAAACUCACAAUGUACAGGGGCUAGUGCCGGGGGUCUUGGAACGUGUUCUUGCUCGGAUCAAAAUUACCAGUCUGCCACAAACAUGUGCAGUCUAAUUGGCACCACCAUAGGAGGGUCCUGUACAAAACCUGGCACCGGCUCAAUUGGCUCCGCCUGUAGUGUCCAAAACUCACAAUGUACAGGGGCUAGUGCCGGGGGUCUUGGAACGUGUUCUUGCUCGGAUCAAAAUUACCAGUCUGCCACAAACAUGUGCAGUCUAAUUGGCACCACCAUAGGAGGGUCCUGUACAAAACCUGGCACCGGCUCAAUUGGCUCCGCCUGUAGUGUCCAAAACUCACAAUGUACAGGGUCCAGUGGCGAGGGUCUUGGAAAGUGUUCUUGCUCGGAUCAAAAUUACCAGUCUGCCACAAACAUGUGCAGUCCAAUUGGUACCUCCAUAUGGGGAUCAUGUACUGUGCCUAGGAGCGGCUCAAGUGGCAACCCAUGUAGUGCCCAAAACUCCCAAUGUACAGGGUCGAGUGGCGAGGGUCUUGGAGCGUGUUCUUGUUUGAGUGGAUAUUACCCGUCGGCCACAAAUGUGUGCAGUCAAAUUGGCACCACCAUAGGAGGAUCAUGUACAGUACCUGGCACCGGCUCAAGUGGCUCACCCUGUAAUGCCCCAAACUCACAAUGUACAGGGGCUAGUGCCGGGGGUCUUGGAACAUGUUCUUGCUUCAGUGGAUAUUACCAGUCGGCCACAAUCAUGUGCAGUAAAAUUGGUACCUCCAUAGGGGUCUCAUGUACAAAACCUAGCAGUGGCUCAGUUGGCUCCCCCUGUAGUGCCCCUGCCUCACAAUGUACAGGGACCAGUGGCGAGGGUGCUGGAACGUGUUCUUGCUUGAGUGGAUAUUACCCGUCGGCUACAAACGUGUGCAGUACAAUUGGCACCUCCAUAGGGGCCUCAUGUACAAAACCUAGCAGUGGCUCAAGUGGCAACCCCUGUAGUGCAACAAACUCACAAUGUACAGGGUCCAGUGGCGAGGGUGCUGGAACGUGUUCUUGUGUGUAUCAAUAUUACCAGUCUGUCACAAAUGUGUGCAGUCCACAGGUGGGCCUCGGUUCCCAGUGCACCAUGAAAUCAGCAUGUUUAAAUGAAAACUCUGACUGCCUUGGACAUCCGUCUGGUAGUGGAUCAACUUGUCAGUGUACAAGCGACUAUUUUGACACAAACACCGUGGACAAUAUUCAGGGAUUGUGUAUCAGAAAAAUAACAUUGGAUAGUCGGUGUGACACUUCUCAUAGCAAUUUGGACCAGUGUGCUGCUGACAAUGCUAUAUGUGACUCCAGAUAUAGUUAUGCUUGCAAAUGCAGAUAUGGCUAUUAUGUUGAUCCCAGCAAUCCAGCAAUAUGUCAAGCAAGACAACCAUUGGGUGUAGUCUGUCAGUACAAUACUGAUUGUACAGACCCCAAUGCAGAGUGUUCGAGCUCCAAAUGUAGGUGCGUUGAUGGAUUUUAUGACACAAAUGGGAUUGACAUGGAUGGAACUUGCAAAUCAGUUGCUGAAUUGCGUGUGACCAACAUAAACUUCCAAGGUAUCAGUACCUCACAGUUUUCUGUCAGCUGGGACAUACCAGAUGGGAAAGCACAAUAUAUUCAGACGUUUGUUGUGGAGUGGAUGCCAAAGGACAAUACUAUUGGAGGUGGAACUAAGACACUAUCUGGCUCAUUUACUACAGCACUGCUUGAUAGUGGAAUAAGUGCAGGAAAAAGCUACACUGUGAAAAUAACUUCUAUAAAUUCUCAACUGGGAGUGAACAGAUCAGUUUUUUCUUCCACUGAUCAGGACGCAAAACCAAAUCCACCAACAUGGGAUGCAGCCACCGAUAUAAAUCCUGACAUUGACAACACAAUAACAGUUUUAUGGAAUGCUCCAUCUGGAAGUGUCUAUGGUUAUCAAGUCAGUUUGAUUGACGGAUCCACAACGGUUGUCACAACAGGGGUAUUGCAGUCACAUUUUACAAGGCUAACUUCACCUAAUAUCAAAAACGGAUACAAUUACACUGUACAGAUUAUUAGCAAGAGCGAAAGCAACACUGUUGAAAGUGAUCCUCUUACCUAUGUAAUAAAGACUGAAGUUAUAGCACCGGGUGCUCCCACUGGAGCAAAUUGUAAGGAGGUUGCUGAUGAAUUCAUUACAGUCGACUGGAAUGCUCCUGCAGUGUCAAAUGGAGAUCUCCGACAAUACUUUGUUCAUGUAUAUAAUUCAACUGGUCUGGUGAAAAUUGUCGGUACUGACACUGUUGUAAAUGAAUUAAAGGUCCUAAGUUUAAAACCUGGGACAUACUACAACUUCCGAGUGUACACAGAAAAUGAGAAAUACAACUCUUCUUUAUAUGGAGAAGCAUCCUCCUGUCAAACAAAGCCAAAAAUGUCUGAUGCACCACAAGAUAUUACAAUUACGGGAGUUACAAGCAGGGCUUUCACAGUCUCUUGGAAGAGACCCAAUAAUACAUACAGUGAAGCAAUCCUGGGUUAUGUUUUGCAAAUAAAGGAAGGGGAUUCAUGUGUGCAAGAAGUAAAAUACAAGUGUUCAAAUUGCAAGAGAAGCUUUGAUAGUGCUCCAACAUCAAGUAGAGUUUGCAAUGGAGGAGAUAGGAAUGAUGAAAGUAAAUCAAAGGAAGAGCUUCAAAACUCCACCUUGACGUUUAGUAAUAAUACGUUUAAACCUGAUACUGACUACACCGUGUUAGUUGCUGCUGUAAAUGGUAUUGGAUGGGGUUAUCAGGCAGAACAGUCGGUUAGAUCCAAAGAAGAAGAACCUCAAGAGCCCCCAAAAGUAGUUAAUGUAUCUGAUAUCGGGAAGACGUCUUUCAAUGUAUCAUGGAGUUUGAUUGGACCAAGGCCGGGACAGGUCACAUACACGGUGAUCCUAACUGCAGACACGGGAGCUGAGUCCAAAACAUAUACUGUUAAAGGUUAUGAGUCUCACAAAACUCUGAUUGCUGAUGGACUAGAAGAGUAUUGGAACUAUACUGUGAGUGUCACAGCAAGAACUAACGUAGGUGAUGCUAAAUCAUCCGAUACCACACAAAAAUACAGGACUCUGCCUUCAGCACCUGGAGCUGUAACUGAGUUUGAAGCAGUUAAGGCUAAGCAGCGCUCCGACAAUUUCCACAAAAUGACAAUCCGUUGGAAAGCCCCUUCAUUGUUGGAGCGCAAUAGUAAUAUAAAGGAAUAUGUGCUGAAACACAAUGUUGGAAACAUUACAACUAAUUCGGGGGCUGCUGAACAGUUGCAGUCCCUGUCUUUUGUGUCUAAGGCUGGUAAUGAGUUUUACAGUAAAGAGUUUGAUGUGAUACCUGAAACAACGUACAGGUUUGAGGUUUAUGCUGUUAACAAUGAGAGUACAGAUAAUAUUGGGAAGAAAAUGAUGAUCAGCGAAAUAGCCCCAGCUGGAUUCCCUGUCAGUAUUGAAGAAGCUGACGCAACCUUAAAUGUUGUGAAAGAAGGCUCGAAAGACCAAACCUUCAUAAGUCUGAAUCUCGUGAGAGAUUUUUUCACUGAGGAAUCCAAUGGAAGAGUACAGAGGACCGCCUUACUUGGGUGCAAAAGCAGUGCAUGUCCGGAAAACAUUUUUGACUAUGCAGCCACUCAAGAGAAGGUUGAUGCUCUGGCCAACUGGCAAAAGGCUGCACAAAAUGGCCUGUAUAGGAUCACCUCAGCUGACUGGUUAACAAAGAACAAGAGAAGGCGUCGAAGCACGUACACAGACGUCCCGUACACUGUGGGCACAGAGAAUUGUGAUGGUGUCCCGGAAGGCACAUACUGUAAUGGACCCCUUGAGCCAGAGACGGAAUAUAUAUUUGUUGCUGUUGUUUGUACCAGUACGGGAUGUACAGUCAGCAAAAAGUAUGGACCUUUCAUUACAGAGGAGGCAGUUCCUCAACCUGUAGGCAUAAUAGUGGGUAUAGUUGUUGGGAUAAUUGCAAUCCUUGCCGUUGCCGUUGUGGUGGUCUUUAUUCUAAGAAGACGCAGGAACAAGACUCCACCGAUAAACGAAGAAUACAGUGUGGGAAUCGAUAAUAAUACUGACUCGGUUUCAACAAAAGAUGGCAUUCGUUUAAUCGUCUACGAAAAUGUUAUAUCAGUGUUGAAUCUGCAGUUGAUAGACUUUUGGUUCUUAACACACAAUGCAAAGAAAUCACUAGCGUCCUGAAUACUAGUUUUGCAUUGUUUGACGACCUCAGAUGCUUGUCGUUUAGUUUGCCACCGAUGCCAUCACAUGGCCCCUUACCAUGUCUGGAUUCAAAGUAAUUCCAACGUGCUCUCAUCCAAAAAAAAGCUCAUUGUGCCGCUCGACAACUUCUGUGAUAAACGGUUAUGUACAGUAUUGUGAGGAUGGAUUAUAAGUCUAAUAAUGGUUUGAUUUUCACGGUUUUAUUAAAAUAUUUUGCAUAUAUUCAUACCUCAUAAGAUACGUUGACAUGCAUAAGAUACGUUAUUCAAUUGUCAUCCGGGUACUCUUCCUAAACUACUACAUGAAUUGUUUCAUUUACCUUAAGUAUGAAAUUACCAUUUCUAAAAUCUUAUAUAUUAAUAGUUAUCCUAAAAUCAUUGAGAUAUAACAAAUUCAGUCGCAAACUUUACUCACUUUGUUUUCGUCAUGUUUUUUGACGUUUCAAACGUUCGCGGCAUUCAAACUUGAAAUGUAAUAAACAAAAACGUCUACAUCAUGGUUCCGGUGGAUGUUAAAAUAUUGAUGAUUUGCAUCUACGCCGUUUAGCUCGAUUUAUUUCAGGGUGUUAAUCAAUUAAAUUAUUUCUAGAACGUAUCUUAUUCGAACGUAUCUGAUGCACAUUAAAUUCAAUGCUUAAUUACUUAGUCAAUUUUAAUUGGACAGAUAUGCAUUUUGGUUAUUUUUAAAGCACAUGACUGCCUGUAAUUAUAUAUAGGAUUAGGACGUAUUAUGACCAUUUUGCUUCAGAUAUGGAGGUUCGACUGGGAACGUAUUUGAUGGAUUUUUUUGUGCAAACCCAGUCGUGAUUGAAACAAACCCUUAAAUUUACUUUUUAUCCAUUUUACCUGUAGGGUACUUUUCAUUAAGUUUAUCUAUAUAUGUUCUUUGUUUGAUUGAACACUUUUAAAACAUUAAGCUGCCAUUUAUAACCAAAUAAAUUUGGCCGUAAAUCUAAGGAACGUAUCUUAUUCGUACUUUUGGAACAAAAAAUACCAAACACAGCAGCAUUUUAUCCUUGAAAACAAUAAGUCAAACCUUCCUUCUUAUGAUAAAAUGAAAAAUAAAUGUUUAAUUAACUUCAGUAUGCAUAUUAUCGCAUAUACAAUGUGGUGUUUAUCAUUUGUGACACCCCAAAAUGACCAAAUACAGCUAAUAUCUGAUAUAGCCACAGCAAUAUGACAGUUUGUAUACAAAAAAACUAAUUGGUUUGAGAAAAUAUUGAUAUUGUUCAACACAAAAGUGCCCCCAGACCCACCUUAACAUUAUUCAUUGUCAAAUUAUAUGCAUGGGACAGCCGAUUUUCAAAAGUUACUGAGUUAACGUGGAAUGAAUGUUAAAUGUCAACAUUUGAUCAAAUCGAUCUUAUCCACUCUCUAACCCGUACACUUUUUUUAAUCCUUACCAUCCUAAGUCACAAUGCUUAUAAGUAAAUUGGAAUGCGCGUGAUCGGUUAAUAACCGGAUUACUGAAGUAACUAAACAUGUAUAUUCACAUUGUUUGCUCUUUAAUGGUCAGUUUUUGAUGUAAGUAUUGUUUCAGCUUUCAAACUUGACCACACCCUAGCUUCUUAUGAUUUAUAUUAAGUAUAACAUAACAUAACCCAACGAGUAUCAUGACCUGUUGGAUUUGUUUUCUCAUUCAUUAGUUAUGGUUCACAAAAUUGUCCAAAUAGGACCAAAUUGACUGUGCACGUUCUCUGACAUGAGAUCAAUUGGUAUCGAAUGUUUUACCAAGCUUCUUUCAUAUGUAAAUGGGGAUACCAUAUUGCCCACGAGUGGCCUAACUUAUAUAUAUAUAUAUAUAUAUAUAUAUAUGUGCAUUCUUUACUCAAUUUGAUUUCAAUGUUAGUAGAUAUAAUAUGAUUCACGUUAACUGAUUACUUUUUCGGGGGCGUAGGCUUCAUCAUAUGGGGAUCUCAUAUUCAUUUUUUUAAUAUUGCACAAGAUA